GAAGGAACCACCAUGCAGGUCCCCAAGUCUGUUUGGGGGGAGUUGGCAGGAGCGAGGCGAAUGACGAAAGCUAAUGUUGUAACAACGGGUGCUUUAUUCCGCAAAUGCUUCAUCCAAAACACUUCCUAAUACCAUUCACCAUCUAUGCCAGACGUAUCACCCCAAAUCCCCGAGGUCUCUCCAACCCAGCACCUGAAGCAGGCAAGGCCCAGGGCGAUCGAAAGCUUUACGUCAAGCUGGAUGCCAGGUGGUCGUUUAGGCGGUCUAGUAACAGAGGCUGGUCUGUUCGCGGGCGGUAGGUUAUCAAA